CACAAACAUGGGAUGUCUGGUUAGAACUGAUAAUACUGAAGGUAUUCUUGAAAUUUCAAUCAAAAGUCUCGAAAAAAUAUAUACACUGCUCAAAAAAAUAAAAGGAACACAAAAAUAACAUCCUAGAUCUGAGUGAAUGAAACACUUAUUAAAUACUUUUUUCUUUACAUAGUUGAAUGUGCUGACAACAAAAUCAAACAAAAAUUAUCAAUGGAAAUCAAAUGUAUCAACCCUUGGAGGUCUGGAUUUGGAGUCACACUCAAAAUUAAAGUGGAAAACCACACUACAGGCUGAUCCAACUUUGAUGUAAUGUCCUUAAAACAAGUCAAAAUGAGGCUCAGUAGUGCGUGUGGCCUCCACGUGCUUGUAUGACCUCCCUACAACGCCUGGGCAUGCUCCUGAUGAGGUGGCGGAUGGUCUCCUGAGGGAUCUCCACUAGAGUGAAAGCACCGCCAGCAUUCAAAAGUGACCAAAACAUCAGCCAGGAAGCAUAGGAACUGAGAAGUGGUCUGUGGUCACCACCUGCAGAACCACUCCUUUAUUGGGGGUGUCUUGCUAAUUGCCUAUAAUUUCCACCUGUUGUCUAUUCCAUUUGCACAACAGCAUGUGAAAUUUAUUGUCAAUCAGUGUUGCUUCCUAAGUGGACAGUUUGAUUUCACCGAAGUGUGAUUGACUUGGAGUAGUUACAUUGUGUUGUUUAAGUGUUCCCUUUAUUUUUGAGCAGUGUAUAUCUGUGAGUACAGAAUAGAACCUGACAAUAACAUUAAAUUGUUGCAUAAGCAAGACAAUGUCAACAAGUUGGCAAAAACAUAGACCAGGUCAACACUGACCACCAUGCAUAUCAAGGUCAUGUGUACUGUAUAUACAGUGUCUUGCAAAAGUAUACACCCCCUUGGCAUUUUCCCUAUUUUGUUGCAUUGCAAACUGUAAUUUAAAUAUAUUUUUAUUUGGAUUUAAUGUAAUGGACAUACAAAAUAGUCCAAAUUUGUGAAGUUUUAAAAAAUUACUUGUUUCAAAACAUUCUAAAAAAGAAAAAACUGAAAAGGUGGUGCGUGCAUACAGUUGAAGUCGGAAGUUUACAUACACCUUAGCCAAAUACAUUUAAACUCAGUUUUUCACAAUUCCUGACAUUUCAUCCUAGUAAAAAUUCCCUUUCUUAGGUCAGUUAGGAUCACCACUUUAUUUUAAGAAUGUGAAAUGUCAAAAUUAUAGUAGGGAGAAUUAUUUAUUUCAGCUUUUAUUUCUUUCAUCACAUUCCAAUUAGCAUUCCCUUUAAAUUGUUUAACUUGGGUCAAAUGUUUUGGGUAGCCUUCCACAAUAAGUUGGGUGAAUUUUGUCCCAUUCUUCCUGACAGAGCUGGUGUAACUGAGUCAGGUUUGUCAGCCUCCUCGUUUGCACACACUUUUUCAGUUCUGCCCACAAAUUUUCUAUAGGAUUGAGGUCAGGGCUUUGUGAUGGCCACUCCAAUACCUUGACGUUGUUGUCCUUAAGCCAUUUUGCCACAACUUUGGAAGUAUGCUUGAGGUCAUUAUCCAUUUGGAAGACCUAUUUGUGACCAAGCUUUAACUUCCUGACUAAUGUCUUGAGAUGUUGCUUCAAUAUAUCCACACAAUUUUCCCUCAUCAUGAUGCCAUGUAUUUUGUGAAGUGCACAAGUCCCUCCUGCAGCAAAGCACCCCCACAACAUGAUGCUGCCACCCCUGUGCUUCACGAGUGGGAUGGUGUUCUUCAGCUUGCAAGCCUCCCCCUUUUUCCUCCUAACAUAAUGAUGGUCAUUAUGGCCACAGUUCUGUUUCUGUUUCAUCAGACCAGAGGACAUUUCUCCAAAAAGUAUGAUCUUCACCCCCAUGUUCAAUUGCAAACAGUAGUCUGGCUUUUUUGUGGCGGUUUUGGAGCAGUGGCUUCUUCCUUGCUGAGCGGCUUUUCAGGUUGUUGAUAUAGGACUUGUUUUACUGUGGGUAUAGUUACUUUUGUACCCGUUUCCUCCAGCAUCUUCACAAGGUCCUUUGCUGUUCUGGGAUUGAUUAGGAUUUUUCACACCAAAGUAUGUUCAUCUCUAGGAGACAGAAUGCGUCUCCUUCCUGGUAUGAUGGCUACGUGGUCCCAUGGUAUUUAUACUUGCGUACUAUUGUUUGUACAUAUGAACGUGGUACCUUCAGGCAUUUGGAAAUUGCUCCCAAGGAUGAAGCAGACUUAUGGAGGUCUAGAAUUGUUUUCCCGAGGUCUUGGCUGAUUUCUUUUGAUUUUCCAAAGAUGUCAAGCAAAGAGGCACUGGCAAAGGUAGGCCUUGAAAUACAUCCACAGGUACACCUCCAAUUGACCCAAAUUAUGUCAAUUAGCCUAUCAGAAACUUCUAAAGCCAUUACAUAAUUUUCUGGAAUUUUCCAAGCGGUUUAAAAGGCACAGUCAACCUAGUAUAUGUAAACUUCUGACCCACUGGAAUUGUGAUAGUGAAUUAUAAGUGCAAUAAUCUGUCUGUAAACAAUUGUUGGAAAAAAUUACUUGUGUUGUGCACAAAGUAGAUGUCCUAACAGACUUGCCAAAACUAUAGUUUGUUAACAAGAAAUUUGUGGAGUGGUUGAAAAACGAGUUUGAAUGACUCCAACCUAAGUGUAUGUAAACUUCUGACUUCAACUGUAUGUAUUCACCCCCUUUGCUAUGAAGCCACUAAAUAAGACUGGUGCAACCAAUUCCCUUCAGACGUCAUAUAAUUAGUUAAAUAAAGUCCACCUGUGUGCAAUCGAAGUGUCACAUGAUCUAUCACAUGAUUUCAGUAUAUAUACACCUGUUCUGAAAGGCACCAGACUCUGCAACACCACCAAGCAAGUGGCACCAUGAAGACCAAGGAGCUCUCCAAACAGACCUAGACAACCAGGUGUGGGGAGUUUCUUACUAAACAGUGACCUUCAUCAAGUCCAAGGGAGGAGCGAAAAGUUUGACAUGUUGUAGAAGAGCAUGAACCCAAUGUGGCUGUCCUGGCAUUGCCUCUUGUUGUGUAACCUCAAAUGAUCAACCUCCAAUGGAAACACCAUCAGAUGUCAAGCCAUGCAGCCAGACACACAGUAUAGGAGGACCAGACUGCUGCAUUAACAAUGAAUGGAUAUUCAAUCAGACAGCUCAUUCCUGAAGUUGAGAACUGAGAAUGCAGAGAGAAUACUCCUGACCCUGAAAAGUCUAACAAGAGGUCUUCACAGACCAUAUCAACCAGAGGUGGUCAUCUUACCAAGUGACAUGUUUUACCCCAUCCAAUACCAUUAAACACAGUCUUUCAUCUACCGCCACCUGUAACAAGGUAGAAUGUCCCAGCCGUCCCGACACUGGCAGUCUGAACGUGGGGACAGAUCUGAUGACUUCUGGAGGCACCUCAAAGAGGGGGAGGAGGAGGGAGGAGCAGAUAUAAUGCUCCAGAGGACGGGUGAAGAGAUGAGACCCUCUAUCACCCUCCGCCCCCCACCUUUGUUCCGCAGCAUCGGGCCGUCGGGGCUGUCGGCCAGUCUACCACCCCACCGACGUCUCCGCUCCAUAUUCCGCAGAUCCAGAGCGGUGCUGCCUGCGAAUACACACGCCGGCAAGGUUUCAGGAACACACACCCUCCAAGAUUUACUGUCAGGCACCCACAUCAACACACUCCCACAUCAACUGACUCACAAUGACGUAGUGUCAGAGAAGGACGUUCACAUAAACACAGACUCAGAGACACAAACACAGCCCAAGAGACUCAUGAGUGCACAUGGGCUCACUGUAUUAGAACCACCAACAGGACCUCUCACAGAUACACUCUCAUUCAUAGUCAGUGCUGAAAGCAGACAGCAGGUCGGACAGCCUUUUUCUCAGCUUUCCCCACCCCUAAGGACCCAUAUCAAAGGUAGGGCAAGAUGGGGCAGAGCAGUGUCUCCUCUUAAAAUGAGAGAUGAUCUUGGGACUGGAGAGGGAGGAUUGAAAGAGAAGCAGAAGGUGAAGAGGAGGAGGCUGGACUGGAAAGGAGAGGACCAAGCCAAUGACAGAUAUGUCCCGUCCUUCACCCCAGAGACAGAGGGAGAUGGUGGACUGUGCCAGUGGUUACAAAGUCUGGGGAUUGGAGAUAGAGAGGAGGAGGCCAAUUCCCCCAACAGAAGUAAACAGCAGCCAAGUGGGUUCAGGGAGAGGAUGGCUGGACACAGAGAGGGGUAUUCACAUCCAGCAGCCAACCACAGGAGAGACAGACGCCCCCACUUCCUCCCGCCUAUCUGUCAGUCUGGCUCCCUACUCCAUGUACCCCUGCUGCUUCCCAAAAACUCCCCACCACCCUCGCCAUGCACCUCCCCACACUCCACCUUCCACCCCUUGCCUGUACCCCUCCUCCACUCUCUGCCCUUCAGGAGGAAGUGAUAUUGUCCAGCAGAGGAAAGGGGUCUCAACUCAAGAGGCCCAUUUGUGUUUACUCUGUAUGCGGUUUUCUGUCUUGUUACUUUGGCAUAUUCUGACUGACACUUAGCUUAUGUAUUUGCAUGUAUUUGCAUAUAGCGCAUUACGGCUACACAUCCUUAACAAGACUUAUCCAGGUAUAAUGUAUGUUGCUCUUGCCAUUUAUACUGUACAUCCUUUACAAAUAAUCACAUAGUAGUUUCUCUACGUGUAAAUAGUUUCUAAGGAUAUGUUGUCCUGUCACAUUUCAAUUGCAUUAAAUUUAGCAUGUAUAGUUUGAAAGAUCCAGGGCAUUGUUGUUUCUCAGGAUUAACAUCAACAAGUGAACCAACCUCAGCGUUUCAGUAAUGAUGUGCUCUGCCUUGUCCGUCUAUAGACCUUGUCCAGAUAUCCCCCGCAGAGGCCCCCCUCCCCUGAUCAGAGAGGAGGCCCAUGUUGUUUUUGAGGUGUCGGUUCUGGCCUGAACAGUGCUGUGCUCUGUGUGCAGCCUGUGGUGGGAGCUGCAUGUCAGGGCCAGAACACCGGCGUCUCAGUCCUCCUCACUGCCCGCCUCGCACAGCCUGCCGUUUAUGUGUUUACCCUCAAACGCAGCCCAAAAUGUUUGUGAGUCAGGCUCUUUUUUUUCCACCCGCCCCUCCCAUUAGGUGCCAAACAAACAUUGCACCGGAAAUUGCAGGGAUAUCUGGGAUUUUUAAGGGGUCCCAGCAGACAGGGGGCGAGGUCGAGAACAAGGAUGCUUUCUGUGACAUCUUAGAGGUGGUGGGGGGGCAGUCAUAAGAGAGGCGAGGCUGCAGCAAACAAGGAAAGAAAUAAAUAUAACGGGAGGGGGGUAGUUAGCCAAAAGAGAGGGUGUGACCAAGGCUGGGUGGCAGGGGGUGGGCAGAGUCAGUAAGCUUCAUUACGACUGAUCAACAGGCACAGGUGACCCAGUUUCUGAUGCCCUUUGACCUUAUUACGUUCCUUGAGCCCAUAUUGCAUGCCACUCCUGACCUCGUUUGUCACCAAGCUGACCCGAGCGCUAGGCUAAUGGUAACCAUUGACGUAACUGUUAUAAGGCCCCGUGUCACAUGUAGCAGCAACCUCUUUUUUGGACUGCUAACUGGUCGAGCUUGUUUCCUCUCAUUCCUUCUCCCUCCUUGCCCAUUCACUCCACAGGACAGACAGGACAGUGGGCCCAGUACAACCAUUGAUGAGGCUGAGAUUUUAUGUCAACCCCAAACAAAGGAAUAAUGAAUGAGAAAGUGUAUGCUCUUUGUUCACAGGGUGCUAUCUGGGUUUUGUCCAAGCCUCGUCCUCACAAAACCCCAAUGUCCUUACUCAUAAUGGCCUGGUGACACAUAUAGUACAUGGCACAGUAAAAUGGCUGUUGUUAGGUUAAAUUGUUCCCAACAGGACAAGUACAGUAAAUGGCCUUGUACUUAUUUAAAUUAAAGUGAAACAGAAACCAAAGUCCAAGUCCGCUUGUUCUCAG